UUUAGGCUCUCCGAUUGGGUGAAUGCUGCAGCGAAAAGAGCCAAUGAAAGGGUAGGCAAAGUCGUUUACAUUCUCAUUUGUGACGACACAGUAAAGUGAUCCAAUCGAAGAGGAAACUUUACUAACUUCAUUUGAAUACCGGCCCUAUAAAUGACUGUGGCUUAACCAAGAAGGGGGACAGCCCUUCCAUUUGUGUUACAUUGCCAGUGGUUGUUCCUUGCUUUUUGUGCCAUAAUGCCAGAGCCAGCGAAGUCCGCUCCCGCGCCCAAGAAGGGCUCGAAGAAGGCGGUGACCAAGGCGCAGAAGAAGGACGGCAAGAAGCGCAAGCGCAGCCGCAAGGAGAGCUACUCGGUGUACGUGUACAAGGUGCUGAAGCAGGUCCACCCGGACACCGGCAUCUCGUCCAAGGCCAUGGGCAUCAUGAACUCGUUCGUGAACGACAUCUUCGAGCGCAUCGCGGGCGAGGCGUCUCGCCUGGCGCACUACAACAAGCGCUCGACCAUCACGUCGCGGGAGAUCCAGACGGCCGUGCGCCUGCUGCUGCCCGGGGAGCUGGCCAAGCACGCCGUGUCCGAGGGCACCAAGGCCGUCACCAAGUACACCAGCUCCAAGUGAACCUGCCAAGUAAGCUUCAACUCAUUUAUCACAAAGGCUCUUUUAAGAGCCCUUCAUGACUCUAUAAAUGAGUUGUAACUCUGCCAUUCCCAAAUUGUUUCCAUAGUGAAGUAAAAGCUUCACUGCCAUAUUUUUGCAUAGUUCUGGCUGACCCGGAACUCGAUCUUGCCAGCCUUCCAUAUGAGGGAUUGAGGAGCAUGCGCCACUGCGCCCUUUGUAAUACGCAGCCGGUUUUAAUCCUGUGAGUGCUGUGUAGAAAACAAUGUACAGAGAGUAACCUUCCAGACACAGCACACAUUACAGGCA